CUUUUGGAACCAUUCUGCACCAUUCCAACAAUGUGAAAUGCUAAAAUGGCAGUCCCAUCGGCUUCUCUGUCAACCAGGAAUAAAAAGCAUUUUCUUGGAGUACCAGCUCCUUUGGGAUACGUAGCUGGUGUUGGAAGAGGUGCAACAGGAUUUACUACACGUUCUGAUAUCGGACCUGCCCGAGACGCCAACGACGUUUCGGAUGAUAGACAUGCACCACCUACUAAGAGGGCUAAGAAAAAAGAGGAAGAAGAGGAAGAUGAGGAGGAUCUGAAUGAUUCAAAUUAUGAUGAAUUUUCUGGCUAUGGAGGAUCUUUAUUCAGCAAAGAUCCAUAUGACAAAGAUGAUGAAGAAGCUGACGCAAUUUAUGAAGCAAUCGAUAAGCGAAUGGACGAGAAACGCAAAGAGUAUCGUGAAAAGCGGCUUCGUGAAGAAUUAGAACGAUAUCGUCAAGAACGACCAAAAAUUCAACAACAAUUUUCCGACUUGAAACGAGAACUUGUGAAUGUAUCGGAGGAUGAAUGGAAGAAUGUACCAGAAGUGGGUGAUGCUAGAAACAGGAAACAACGUAAUCCACGAACUGAGAAAUUUACACCCUUACCUGAUUCUGUAUUAGCUCGAAAUCUCGGUGGAGAAACUGCGACGAGCAUUGAUCCCACAAGUGGUUUGUCAUCAAUGAUGCCAGGAGUGGCAACACCUGGAAUGUUGACUCCUACCGGAGAUUUAGAUUUAAGAAAGAUUGGACAAGCUAGAAAUACAUUGAUGAACGUCAAGCUCAAUCAGGUUUCAGAUUCUGUCGAAGGACAGACCGUAGUUGAUCCCAAGGGAUAUCUUACAGAUUUACAAAGCAUGAUUCCCACUUAUGGUGGUGACAUCAAUGAUAUUAAGAAAGCUAGAUUGCUUCUGAAAUCAGUUCGUGAGACCAAUCCAAAUCAUCCUCCAGCGUGGAUAGCAUCUGCUCGUUUAGAGGAAGUUACGGGGAAGGUUCAAGCUGCCAGAAACUUGAUUAUGAAAGGUUGCGAAGUAAAUCCCACUUCCGAAGACCUCUGGUUAGAAGCAGCCAGAUUACAACCUCCAGACACUGCCAAAGCAGUAAUAGCACAAUCUGUUAGGCAUAUUCCAACGUCUGUGAGAAUUUGGAUAAAGGCUGCGGAUCUCGAAACGGAAACAAAGGCGAAGCGUCGUGUUUAUCGAAAAGCUUUAGAACAUAUUCCCAACUCUGUGAGACUGUGGAAAGCUGCAGUAGAGCUUGAAGAACCAGAAGAUGCUCGAAUUCUUCUUAGUCGUGCUGUGGAGUGUUGUCCGACCAGUGUAGAUCUUUGGUUGGCUCUGGCUAGACUUGAAACAUAUGACAAUGCAAGGAAAGUCCUGAACAAAGCCAGGGAAAAUAUUCCAACAGACAGACAAAUUUGGACAACUGCAGCAAAACUUGAGGAAGCUAAUGGCAACAAACACAUGGUCGAGAAAAUCAUUGACAGGGCUAUUUCUUCUCUGAGUGCUAAUGGCGUUGAAAUCAAUCGGGAGCAUUGGUUCAAGGAAGCCAUGGAAGCUGAGAAAGCUGGUGCUGUACACUGCUGUCAAGUCAUUGUGAAGGCUAUUAUUAGCUUUGGUGUUGAAGAAGAAGAUCGCAAGCACACAUGGAUGGAGGAUGCAGAGACUUGUGCCCAGCAAGGGGCCUUGGAAUGUGCCAGGGCUGUUUAUGCAUAUGCAUUGACUGCUUUCCCUAGUAAGAAAUCUAUAUGGUUGAGGGCUGCCUAUUUUGAAAAGACUUAUGGAACCAGAGAAUCUCUGGAAUCCCUUCUUCAGAGAGCUGUUGCUCAUUGUCCCAAGAGUGAAGUUCUUUGGCUGAUGGGAGCCAAGUCUAAGUGGCUGGCUGGAGAUGUCCCGGCAGCUAGGGGAAUUCUUUCACUGGCUUUCCAAGCUAAUCCAAAUUCUGAAGAAAUUUGGCUGGCCGCUGUGAAAUUAGAAUCAGAGAAUUCAGAAUACGAACGUGCUAGACGACUUUUGGCAAAAGCUCGAGCUUCGGCACCAACUCCCAGAGUGAUGAUGAAGAGUGCAAAAUUGGAAUGGGCCCUAAACAAUCUUGAUGCAGCCCUUCAUUUACUCAAGGAAGCUAUUGAAGCUUUCGAUGAUUUUCCAAAAUUAUGGUUAAUGAAGGGGCAGAUUGAAGAACAACAAGGAAAUUUGGAUAAAGCUCUGGAAACAUAUAAUCAAGCCAUUAAAAAAUGUCCAACAUCUGUUCCGCUAUGGCGGCUUCUCGCACAACUUGAGCAUCGCAAAGGACAAGUAACAAAGGCUCGAUCAGUCCUGGAAAAGGCUCGCUUGCGUAAUCCCAAAAAUGCAGAACUCUGGUUAGAAGCUGUAAGAAAUGAAUUGAAAACUGGUGGCGUACGCGACAUGGCAAAUACAUUGAUGGCAAAAGCUCUUCAAGAAUGUCCUACUUCCGGUCUUCUUUGGGCAGAAGCUAUCUUCAUGGAGGCUCGGCCACAACGUAAAACAAAGAGUGUAGAUGCACUGAAAAAAUGUGAGCAUGACGCACAUGUUCUUCUAGCCGUAUCUAAGCUUUUCUGGUGUGAACAUAAGAUCUCGAAAUGUCGGGAUUGGUUUAAUCGCACAGUGAAAAUCGAUCCUGAUCUUGGGGAUGCUUGGGCGUAUUUUUACAAAUUUGAACUUCUUAAUGGAACCAUAGAACAACAGGAAGAUGUGAAGAAACGAUGCGUUGCUGCAGAACCGCAUCAUGGAGAAAACUGGUGUAAAGUUUCUAAAAAUAUUGCAAACUGGUGUCUUGGCAUCGACCAGAUUCUCAUCUUAGUCACCAAGGAUCUGCCCAUACCUAUUUAGAGAAGUUUGACUGCUGACAUGAUUGUCAUUAUCUUUAUUUACACAUGAAGGAACCUGAAAGAUUUUACACUUAUUACUAUGAAAUAGAAGCAAGUUGCUCCUAAUGUGGAAUGAGGAAAUACAAAUUAUAUUUAAAAUGAUAUAAAAUAAAAACAAAAUGAUAAUGUGUAAAACUAUGAAAAAAUAAAAAUAUGUCAAAAAGUA